UUCUUAUCUGCUAGAAGUUGUGAAUAGUGACAACAACCAUGAAUUUGAUUCUGGCUUUCAUUUCAUUUCUUGGACUUUUCUGUGUUGCAUAUUGCAAAGACCAUCCACUUAGCCCGAUCAUAAGGAAGGUAAGAGCUGAAGAAAGUUUGAGUGAUGAAGAAAAGACACUUUUAGCGCGAUCAGACGAACGAGAUUUGCCACAAUCUUUACAGCGUCUUGUGAGAACUGCACUUACAGGGGAGCACCUUUGCUGCAGAAACACUCCCCUUCCCUUGGUUACCAAAUCUCGUCGUGUUGCCAGGCACCAUAUGGUAAACAAUAAAUUGGUUACAACUUAUGUUGCUGAGUACUACAAGGAAGUUGUUGAAGGCGCAUGUCCACAAGAACACAUAGUCUGCUGUAAUAUGUACAUAAUGGUGGCAUACAAGUGUGUCUAUCUUAAAGACCUGCACGAAGUUGCCCUCUCCUUACUCGGAUAGAGCUUAGCAACGAGAUUUCUUGUCAAAAAGAAAAUAAAAAUUUUCAUUGCUCAA